UUGACAAGUCAGACACGCGAUCGCGAGUUACUUAUUUUAAGUGGACUUCAACUGCAAAACGAGCGAACGAGAGAGAGAUAGCGCUAGAACAAAAGCUGGAUGAAAGCAACAAAAGAGAACAUACAACAAACACUUACUAGCUUCGAUUUUAUUUGAUUACUUCACAGAAGUUUCGAGAGUUCAACUUCACCAGUUUCAUCCUACCUCAAUAUGGCAAUGGAAUCAUCGUCUCUGGUAGUUGAUUAUCUGAUAUUCAUCGCGUUCAUCGCUGUGUCCUUUGUGAUCCCACUAUGGGGUAAAUUUCGUGCGCGCAAAAAGCAAGAAACCAAAGCCGACUACGUGUUUGCCGCGGGUUCAAGUGUCUCCAUAGGGGCUAUGAUGUUGUCGAUAGCACGUGGUACACUUGGAGUCAGAUCGUUCCUUGGCUAUCCGUCGGAACUCUACUAUCGUGGUAGUGCCAUGUGGGAAACACUAUGGGGUAUGCUGCUCGCUUAUCCUAUUGUCUGUUUCGUUUUUGUGCCGGUCUACUACAGCCUUGGCAUCACUUCUAUCUACCAGUAUCUCGACAUGAGGUUCAAAUCGAAACUAGUACGAUGCCUCGCAAGUUUCUCUUACGUUAUCAGGAGUCUGUUAAACGUCUCGGUAACGGUGUUUACGCCUUGCGUCGCUUUGAAAACUGUGAUUGGUCUACCUUAUUGGGCCAGUAUUUGCGGUAUCACUGCUAUAUCAGUUGUCUUUACUUUAAUGGGAGGAUUAAAAGCUGCUAUUCUUUCUGAUGUCAUACAAGGCUUAACUAUGAUUGGGGUUUCAAUUGUAAUAAUGAUUCACGGAACCGUCGACGCUGGUGGUUUCGAUAAAGUCGUAAACAUCACUAAUACAAGAGGUCGUCUGGACUUUUUCAAUUUUGACAUGGACCCAACGAUUCGAGUAACUACGAUAUCAGCCAUUGUGGGUCAACUUUUUAUGAGUCUCUCCAUCUUGGGUUGCCAGCAGAACUUUGUUCAACGCUACUGCAGCAUGAGUAGUCGUUCGAAAGUCGUCAAAACGAUGAUGAUGAAUAUCCCCGUAAUCACCGUAUUGUUCUCGUUAUCAUGGGUAGUGGGUAUGGUAAUCUUCGCCAACUAUGCCGACUGUGAUCCAAAGACUCUUGGCUACACCAACAAGUACGAUGAGAUAGUACCAUUUUACGUGGAGGACAAAUUUGUGUAUCUUCCUGGAUUAUUGGGUUUAGUCAUGGCGACACUUUUCAACAGCUCUCUUACCAUUACAGUGUCGAUUCUAAAUUCACUGGCUACCGUUACUUUUGAAGAUUUCCUCAGUCAAAUUCCAGCACUCAGAAACCUAAAAGAUACCCAGCAAUUGAAAAUAAUCAAGUCUCUAUCAGUGUUCUAUGGUUUUCUCGUCAUUGGUGUCAGUUUCCUUGUAGGUAUGUUAUCUGGUGUAAUCGAGUCGUCGAUGUUAAUGACUUCGGCCACUUCUGGUCCUCUCCUCGGUGUUUUUGUGCUAGCGAUGUUGGUACCUUGCGCAAAUUGGAAGGGUGCAGCUGCUGGUAUGAUUUUCAGCCACGUGACUACUCUUUGGUUGACUUUUGGACGCCUUAGUUUAGAUAUUCCCGUUGAUGAACUACCGUUGUCUAUCGAUGGUUGUCAAAAUGAUACUUUCUCGUCGCAUCUUAUGAAACCAAAAGACAGUGUUAUUUCUGUACAAUAUUCAAUGGCUACCAAAAACACACUGUUCGAAGAUGAAACUCCCGACGGUAUCUUAGAUAAUGUCUAUGGCAUAACUUAUAUGUAUUAUGCUCUGAUUGGUAGUAUUUCUACCGUCUUGGUUGGGAGUAUUGUCAGUUUGUUGACUGCUGACUCGAAAGGAGACGCUUAUGAAGAACAUCUCCUUCAUCCUAUGGUGCUGAAGUUAUCCAAGUGGAUGCCAGGAAAACCUCGAUUGUAUGCCACGAGUUCACGUUUCAAUGAUAACAACAACACCGUUAACGGUACGGGACAGACAAGUCUUAAUGAUGUAUCUGAUAUAAAGAAAAUGGAACAGAAAAUUCAAAUGGACAACGGUUACAUUGAGAAACUCGACGCCCUUAAGAAGGUUACCCUCGAGGUUACGAAUGAAGUGAAUAAGGGUACCAAACUUUAAAAUGGAGAUUCGGCUUACCCAGACUGAUAAGCAAGUAAUGAUGAUCUUUUUGGUGCUUCGCACGAGUGUGUUUGUAUGAGUGUGCAUAACGAAGAAUGAUUUGGUUGUUUUUUAGUCAUGACGGUAGUGUUAGUAGUGCACGACUAAGCAGUAUUUGACGCGCUGAGUUGCGAUACUCAAGUGUAUAAUGAUGAACUCGAUGGGAGACUGAGGUGGAAGGAUUAUUUGUUUUUUUUUUUCGUUGUUUUUUAUAAUUAUCUCGAUCGAAAUCUUCAGUUCCUUCAUUCAAAGUGAUUGCGAACUCGCUCAACUUGGAUUGCACAUUUUAUUAAGUUUUCGCUAUAUUAGUGUUUUAGUUUCGUAGAUGAUUUUUUAUACUUAGUUUAUUAGGUUUGUCUUGAUUAGUGUAGUAUAUAAAUUUAUUAUUUAUUCUAGAUUAUUUUCUUUUAAUGUGCAUUCUAAGGUGAACGCAUCCGACAAAAUCUUUUACAAGUGCUUAGAAUUUUAAUGUUAAAGAUUACAUCGAAUGGAAUAAAAGAAAAAGCAAGAAAAUUAGUUUAUGUAUCUUCAAUAUUGUUCGUUGUUUUCUAGUUGGUACAGAUACAGAAGAUCUGAUUUCGAUCAAUUAUUUUUUUAUUGCAACUUAUAUAUUCGUAGUUUGAUUUUACAGUGAUCUUAUACGUUCAUACAUACAUUAUACUGAUAACAAGGAAAAUUUAUUGCACUUAAUAUUAAAGAUAAUAUUGAUUAAUUGAUUUUCCUCCCUAUACAUAGGGAAGGAAAAAAAUUAGCAACAUUACUUUAACAACAUUUCGUUGUAUUUUUUUCAAUUUCAAAUUACAAUUUUUUUUUCUGACUCACCAGCAGUAUAUUAACAUCUUUUAAAAGACUCUUUUGAGAGAAACUCACAUGUGUAAAAGAGAAACGAAGAGAAGUUAAAAAAAUGUUGAGCCUUCAACGCGUAUAUACGAGUAAAUUUCCAGUGUUAAAAAUCCAAAUACAAGUAGAAAUACUUUUUCUCUUCUCACGUUUUCCUUCUCUUGAGUUUUAAGUCUAGAUAUAUACCUUCCGUCGACGGUAGAUGUAACAAAAGGGAGAGAAUGAAAUGGAAACAAGACGAAGAUAAGAUAUGCCGUAAAGGGAAGACGAAGAUAGUGACGUCAUGCGGAUAAACACAUCCGUCCCUUGUACCUGCGAAGAUGAGCGCGGCCACUUUUCUGAAGAAGGACACUUCCUUUUUUACCUCUUUGCCUUCUCUACUCGUGUAUUAUAGGCCACCCUAAAGACACUUUUAAGUAUUUAUUUCUUUUCGUCUUUCUCUCCCCUUUUUUCUAUCGGAAAAACUAGCUUUUACUUCACACUUAAAUGUCUUUCAUGGGAGGAGAAAGUACUUAUAUUAUGUGCAAUUUACAGUUUAUUCUGGAAUGUUUUCAUGGUUUUUACAUAGUAUUUUGAUUUUAAAUAUCGUAUGCGCAAUUUAAAAAUGUUUGAAAUGGCCAAAGUAUUUUUAAAUAAUAUAAGUACUUGAAAUAGUCAUCUAAAUCAUUUGAAAUAUCAGCUUUGAGCAUGAAAAAUUAUAUUGCAUUUAAAUGCGUAUAAAAAAGAAAAUAUUUUGAAAUCUAUUUAAAUUUGUUAAAUUGAAAUUUGAAUAUACUAAAGAUUUCUUUAGUAUGUUUAAAUUUAUCGUAAUUAAAGUUCAUAUAAAUACACGAUCGAUAAAGAUAUUCCGUUGAGAGAAAGAUAUUGCAGUGAUGUUGAAAAAAAUGAGCUAAUACUUUUGAGAAAAAUUUACUGUUUUAUAAACCCUAACUACGUUUCGAAAAAACAAGUUUUCGAUUACUAGUGGGUUUAAUAUAUAUUUGAAUAUUUGUAAUAUAAGAAAUUGUAUAGUAUCUUAAAUACUAAACUUUGUAAGUUAUAUAAAUAUAUUGACACGGCAUGUAAUAUGUAUAUUUAUGUGCGAAAAAUAUUUUACUCAAAACGUUUGUAAUAUACGAAUAAUGCAGGCGAUAUUAUAGCUAGUAACUAAAUGAUGUAUUUUUUUAAUAAGUCUUGCCAUAUGCAUUAUUUUUGGAGAAUAUACAUGUAUAAAUUAGACUCGAGAGCUCUGUUGAUCUUACAUUAGUUGACGAUGUUAAUAUGUAAUUAUUGAUUAGUGAGUAAUUAGAAGAUUAGCAUUUUCGGUUAAUAAAUCGAUAUAAGCGUGCGAGUGACAGCUGUUCUCAUGCACUUGCUAUAUUAUCACUUAAGUUUGUUAUAAACGAUAUUGCAUUGUCGAUCGGUCAGAUCGAGCAGAAACUAGCAGUAAAUACACUGUACAAUAUACUCAUGUACGAUGUACAUGAUCAGAUUGAAAUACACUUUUUUUAA